AUGGGCAGCCCGGUUGCCCCUAUACUUGCACAUUUAUUUAUGCGUGAACUUGAAGAGAAUAUUAAAAGUUUUAAAGGAAAAAAACUAUCAAUUUUUUAUCGUUAUGUUGAUGAUGUGUUUAUGGUAUUACAUGAAACACAAAGAGAUAUUGCAUUAUUUGUGAGAUUUAUGAACAAACUAGAAAGUUCAAUUAAAUUCACAAUAGAAAUGCAAACAGAUAAUAAAUUACCCUUUCUUGACGUCAUGGCGGAGAGAAAAGAUUCAGAAUUAAUUACAUAUGUUUACAGAAAACCCACUGACCCUGGUCUAUAUCUCAGAUGGACAAGUAAUUAA